UUAACAUUUUGUUGACGUGGCGUGAGCGGUAGCGAUUUUCCAGCAGCUGGUAGGUUGCUAACUAGCGUCUAGGUGACGCCGAAAGGAAUUCGGCAGAAAUAUGGAUGUUCGUCAAGACAAGUGAUUUAUCAGCGGUCAUCUUUCCAGAAAAAUGUCCAAUAGGAGCCAGCACUAUAGUUUCCAGUCAGCUACCUUCACACAGCCUGCCAAUGGAGGCCAUACCUACCUGUUUGGAACCAAUGGCUCUGAAAAUGACCUGUCAGAAGAAGAUGGGGAGAACUAUGAACUGCGUCCACGUGGCAGAGAGAGGAUGCGAAGGAGCACCUCCAGAGAGAGGACUGAUGAUAUUAUCUACUUGGCAAGAGACAUCCAUGAGGGUGACACCCUGAACAGUAUCGCCCUGCAGUAUCAUUGCUCAGUUGCUGAACUUAAGCGUGCCAAUAACCUGUUGACAGAGCAGGACUUCUUUGCCCUACGGUCUGUCAAGAUCCCAGUCAGGCGCUUCAGCGUCCUUACAGAGACUCACAGCAUCGGCCAUCUAAAAUCUGCCUCCCCCUCAGCUGCCAGGCGGCCACUCGAGGGCUCACCCGCUACCUCACUUCCAACAGAGUCCUCCACAGACUCCUCAUCCUCUGCAGACAGUGUGGAAGGAUUCCUUUUGGAAAAGGACAAGGACAUUGAGCAGCUGGUGAAAUCCACGGGCUCGUCCCGCAGCAGCCUGAACGAAGUGGUGUCCUCUUUAACACUCCAGCAUCAGCCGCUUUUAGGGGACAUAGAGUACAAACCAGCACAGAGGAAGGACCCUUAUUAUGGGGCGGACUGGGGGAUGAGGUGGUGGACAGCUGUGGCCAUCAUGUUGAUUGUUGGCAUCGUCACGCCUGUGUUCUACCUGUUAUACUAUGAGGUUCUCAUGAAAGCAGACGUCAGCCAUCAUGGCACCCCGAUACAAGGUCCUGACAGCACGACUCAUGGAUAUAUGCAUGGUGAUGAAUUAAACCUAGUAGGUGGGGAGAACGGCCAUGCAGGCAGUAAACCUGUCCUGCAUGCACAAGAUAUUGUUGGAGACCUGCCGGAACCUGUAGACUUUAAAGAUUUAAAGGAUGAAAACACGUAGCAGGGGUUGAACCGUCACUUUUGACCUUUUCCUGACCAGAUCAGAGACCUAAUAAACUAUGUGAAUGUUUCAAGUUUUAAUAGAUUUUAUUCAAUAUGCAUCAAUGCAAACUAACUGGGACAGUCACUUUAUACCUUUUUUUUAACUUGUGAAAUGAUAAAAGUACCAGCACAGAUAUGCCCUUAUUUCAUCUUUUAAAAUAACUAAAUACUACAUCUAAAAUCUUAACUGGCCGCUCUCAGGUUCAAUGAAGAGCCCCCCCAAAUUGGGUAGUUGCAUUUUACACAUUUUAAUGCCCUGCACAGCGAGUAAACAAGCAGCUGUCAGUCAGUCACCACAAAACUAUGAUGCACUUCACAUUAUAGAAUCGUUUUUACACUUUAAUAUGACAUGUCUGUUUUUAUGUAAAAGGUAACUUCAACACAUCUGUCACACAAAUGGAAUUUUGUAAUGGCAGCGACACUGCUGGGGUUUAUACAGUUUUAGAAGUGGGGGGGCACUUGUGUAUAUAGGCGUGGGAGGGCUACAUCUGUCUGAUUGAUGGGUUCUAUUGACACAUGCACGCUGCAAGUCCAUUUUCAGUUUGCCGUUGUAAAUGUCGAUAAAGAGCUAAACUGUAAAAGUCUAAAUGUAAGGAUUUAGCUUUACUGUUCACAAGUCAGUACAAUAAAGGGAUUGAAAAUGAACCCUAAUGUGUUCUGAACAAGCUACACAGUAUGGGUAAUUUAAAAGGUAAACUCUGCAGUAUACUUUUUGUUCUGUUGUUCACACACUGAUCUCAAAUUCAGUGUAACUUUGGGCUUCAGCUGGUCUUAACUCCGUUUGGUUCAAGUUGUAUAUUUUUUUUUCCUGUGUUAAAUUCUGACAUGUACAAUGGCUGCCAUUGUAUUUAAUAUGAAUUUAAUUUAUUUCAAGACUUUGUAGGGUUACAGCCAGUACUGUGCAUCUGGAAUAGGGUGGUUCAAAAAAAUAAAAGUUGGAAAUUCA